UUAAAAUAAUAUCAAUAAUAGCUGGCCAUCCUUAGUGCAACGUCGGACGUCAGCGGAGCGCGUUGUGUUCUAACCUCAAAAACGUCUUUUGUUAAUACGUAAUUCUAUAUUUGAAUUUUUAUUGUACAAAUCUGUUUUGUCGUUUUUUUUUUUUUUUAUUGUGUGCCUGUGUUUUUUUUUUCUUCGUCCUCAAUCAUAAUGAUGGCGGACGGUGAUGUUCCAUUGGUAAACAGUUAUUUAGGCAGUGAGAUUGAAUAUGGCGCGAACGGAUCGAAAAGCGGCAAAACUAACUCCAGAAUGUCGACCCUGCUCUUCUGGCAGGGUAAGGGCAAAGGGAACGGGGCACCGAACGGCCGGAACUGGAUCCACGCUCCGGACUCGCUCGUCAAGGGCCACGUCGCCUAUCUCGUUAAGUUCCUCGGCUGCACCCAAGUAGACCAGCCGAAAGGCAUCGAGGUGGUCAAAGAUGCAAUCAAGAAACUACAGUUCACACAGCAACUGAAGAAGUCCGAAGCGAAAGAUGGCGCGAAAUGCAAGAAAGUCGAAAUAACGAUAUCUGUGGACGGUGUUGCCAUACAGGAACCACGUUCGAACAAUAUAAUGUACCAGUUCCCGCUCCACCGGAUAUCGUACUGCGCGGACGAUAAAGGCGCCAAGAAAUAUUUCUCGUUCAUCGCGAAAGGUGGCAGCACCGUUAACGGGGUCAACGGCCACGACGCUGGCAACACCGAGAGGCAUGAGUGCUUCGUGUUCAUUUCUACUAAACUCGCGUCCGAGAUCACGCUCACCAUCGGACAGGCCUUCGAUCUGGCCUACAGGAGAUUCUUAAACGACAACGGCAAAUACAUCGAAAUGCAGAAGCUUUCGUUGCAAAACAAAAAGCUUGAACUGCAAAUGAAAGCGUACAGGACUAGACUUCAGGAGCUGUCGAAGGUCACGUAUAAAGACGACCUCUCCGCCUACCUGGCCAGGAACAGUCUCUCCGAGAUUACAGAGUUCAAGGUACCCCAGGAGUUGGAGAAGCAGCUCGCCUCGCUGACCUUAGCGAACGGCUUCAGCGCCAUGAACGGGAACAAGACCCCUGAAAUCGGCACAGACUCCACAUCAAACAACUCGACGGACACGUUCAAUUCAAGCGACAACAAUCUGCUUCUCCCCACGCCGCCGCCGACACACAAUGGGAAGAUGAGCGCCGGUAAGGGACUCCUCGAUCUGCCAAAGAAUCCCGUCGUAGGUCCGAGACUUGAGGAGCUGAUACUCAACUCAGAUUCGGACAGCGAUUUUGAUCCUCGCGCCCACGAAUCGGACCACGUCCUCCGCUAUCCAGGUCUGACCAUGGACAGCACGGUGUCACCGGCGCCUCCGUUAUUGGCGCCGCCGCCUAAGGCGUCGAAACGUCAAACGCCGCCGCACAACACGGCGACGCCGCCGCACCAGCCGACGACGCCGCGGCGAGCGCCCGCCGCGAACCCGAGUGACCUGUUCGGCUCGGCCCCGUUCGUGCACAGCUCUACGCCCGCGCAAGCUCCGUUCGCGCCGACGCCCAACUACAACAUAAGCGACUUCAACCUCCAAACGUCGGUGUUCACGGCGAACCUCACCGGCUACGACCCGUUCGAAGCUCAGAAGACGGGCGCGAACAUAUUCGGGAACGAUUACGCGAACGCGUUCGCCGGCUUCGGGAAUCUGAGCGACAAACAGACGGUCGAAUUGAACAGCAGCUUCAACGGGUUCCUAGAUAAGACCAUAUCAGAGAUGAAGGAUGGAUUCACGAGGGGCAUAACGUUCGGAAACGACGAUUUCUCAAUAGACAAUCUCGAUCCUUUAAAGAAAAAUUAAAAGAACGAUAAAUAAUAUAUAAUUUAAAUUAAAAAAAACGAAAACACAAAAAUAAUUUAAUAAAAUGCGAUGUUAGGAAUGUAUUUGUAAAGACAUAGGGAACAUAUCUAAAAUGCCUAUGUUUUUUUUUGUUAAAUAAUUUGCUUGACGAUUUUAGCAAGCCUACUGUGCGUUAAUAUUUAUAUUAAAUCGAUGGUCCCUGUAUGAAUAAAAGCAUGAAACAAGUUUUGAUAUUGAAUACAAAAAAUAUAGCUUGGACGUUUAUGAGUAUGUCAAAUUUCAUAAUUUAAUGCAACAUAAAAAAAAACAUUCGACUUUGAUUUAUGAUUUAUAAUUUCAGAGACAUGAGAGUUUGAAAGUGACCUCUACUAAAGGCAUCUUACUCUCAUCAAGCUCAUAAAUACUUAUCAUAUUUACAUUAACAUAAAUACAUACAUAACACAAUUUACUUUCGUUUUGAGCCGAUUCCUAUAGUUCUGUGUUGCUAAUUUUUUAAUAAUAUAAAUAAAGUCUACACAAAUCAUCAAUACACUAAAUACACUAAUUAGAAUUUUAGUGAGUGAAACCCUACUUCAUUUUAAUAAAACUUGCUAUAAGGUCUUGUAACCAUUGGCCGUAAAUAAAUUAAAAAAAAAAAAAAAUUAAUAAAACUUCAAAUUAAUGAAAUGUCACCAGAAUAUUGACGUAUUUAGAGCAAGUCCUUGAAUGAUAAUCUGUACAGCCUUAACUGAAGUCAAAUUUACCACAACUCCUGUAAUUGUUUUUCGCUGGGUCAUAUUAUGUGAAGAGGUUCUAAAAUAGAAAAAAAGAAAUUGAGGUUUAGCUAACGAAGCUUACAGAUUAAUUUUGAUAGGAAGAACAGUGCAGCCAUGAUGUUUUUUUUUCUUCUUUUAAACAGUUAACGCUUUCAUUGUUGUCUGUAUCUUGAAUUAUGUGUUUAAAUUUCAUUCGCACAUUAACGUUAAAGUCAAAUUUGUAUUAAGCGUGUAAUAUCCAGCCAAAAAUAAUAACAAUAUUUAUAUUGACACACACUCUAGGGACCAUCGAAAAAACUAAGCAAAACUAAUAAAAGAAAUAAUGUAUUUUUAGAUAGCAAACUAGUUUUUAAACUAAAUUAUGUGCGAACGCAUCGUUAUAGUGUUGCCAUCGCUAUUGGUCACGAAUAUUUGUGCGUCAGUGAUAGUAGAAUUUAUUAGAAAUUUCUAAAAGCGUUGCUCGAGUGGAUGUAGCUUUGUGAGCUAAAAAGUGAGUCCGUUGCGAGGAAGCUUUACUCUAGUUGUCAAUUAGGUUCGUUCUGAAUUGAAUGUACCGUUGUCACGCUCAAACAUGCUCAAGCUCAACAAAGAUUAGUGACAUCUGGGUAAUGAAUGAUCCUUUGUCUUGAGCAUAAGAUCUGUCAAGUCAAAGUUGCUGUCAUCUGUAACAUAAUUUGACAGUAAUAAAUUGUCACAAAAAUCCUCAUUUUAAAUGAUUCACUUUUAUUAGUUCCAAACGCUCUCAUCUCCUUCCUCAAUGUGUUCUCAUCUAGAGAUAUAUUUUUGUAAACGUUAUAUUAUUCUAUAAUAUUAAUCGUGAAUAAAACAAAACUUAUACAUAUAGAUGAAUCUCGAAAUAUUAUGAAUUAUGACUUAAUAAAUAAAUCUGAGCUAAAAAUUAAUGCUAAAUAUGAAUAUUACAACAAAAAGUAUUAGAAUAUAUUUGAGUCAUUAGUUUCAGAGACAGCACUAAAAGUUAUAUCUACUAUAUCAUCAUAUAUACAUUAUACAUACAUUAUAAAUUAAACAGGAUAAGCCAUAUAGAUAUAUAUAUAAAUAAACUAUGUCCCAGUGUUUUUAGUUUACUAAUUAAAAAAAUUACAUAUCACAAUGUUCUAAAGACAUCUAAUCCCAAUCUAACUUAUAAAUAAUUUCAAAGUGAUUUUGCUGUCUUUGUUAUUAAUCGACCCAAAUCUUUUAAAACUUGGGUAAUCUCUUUUAAGACUUGUUAAAAUUCAUUUUAGAUUUUUAAAAUGGAUUAAAAUUUUAAAAUGCUCAAUGUCAUUCCACUAAGUGCCUAUAAAGAUAAUGAAUUGAAUUUAAAAUUAAUAUGUGAUUAUGAUGUUUAUAAAACUUAUUUCACCAGUAGUUUUUUUUUAUUUAAGAAAAACGAAGUUGUGUUUUGUUUAAAGUAUUCUAACAAUAAAGUUUAGGACCAAAAUUGUUAUGAAUUAAAAUUAAAUUUGAAGUGAGCCUCCUUAUGUUCUGUGAUAAUUCUCUUCAAGUUGGGGGUCUUCAAAUUGUAUAUUUUCUAUUUAAAAAAUAUAAUUGUAAAAAUCCAGAGUGCGACUGAAGUAUCUGAACGAAAGAAAAAAAACUUGUAUAUAAACAGCCAUUUUGGUAUUGCUAAUUUUUUUUUCAGUAAGCCCAUGAUGUCGUAGGCAUUCGAAAUUUAAAAUUUAGUAAAUUGAACUAUUUUAGAUGCCACUAAUAAUAUCUGAAUAAUUUAAAAAUACCAACUAGGUAAUAAAAGUUAACUUUAUACAUUGGGUAAAUCGAAUCAUUAUCUCUUUCAUCAACGAAACACUGAUAGGAAUCACAAACUAGCAAACAUUGACAGCCAUAAUUCCUAACACUGCUUAAAAAGUUUUUUUUAGGAUUUAAUAGUCUGUAAUGAGACCUUAAAGCCAAAAAGAAUGAAACAGCAAUACCAAAAGGCGAAUUACUAACAUAAUAUUAAAACUGUAACAAGAGGAAGACAUUGUAGCUGUAAGUUUAAAUACAUUCCGUGAAUAUUAAGUAUUUUAAAAUAAUAACUUUAUUUUUGGAGAAUCGUAUUUGAUACGGACAAAGACUAAAAUAUAUAUUUAAAACAAAACUCAUUAUUAGUAUUAUAAAUUCAUUAGUAAUUUAGUUUUGAAUUGUACAAGGAAAUGACUACAAUUUCGACUCUUUACUAAAGCCAAACUCUAACCACUCAUCAUCAAAUGAGCUGUAAACUUGUCUGCAUUUGAAGUCAAAACAAAAAUACCGUAUGUUCCUGUACAAAAUUCUUCUUUAAAUUUUCUAAUCCAAGAAAUUGCAAUCUAGGAAGACAACUAAAUUUUUUUUUAAUUUACCUUUCGAACCAUCGUGUUCAAACCUUUGAACAUUUUUGGAUGCAAAGUAGAUCCGAAUUAAAAACUCUUAGGUCUCCUGUCGCUUUUUUAAUUUUUGUCCGAGUCAAAACGAUUUUAUAUUAAUGAUAUUAUUAAAAUAAGUUUUAUAUUCUAAGUACCUAUCAUAAACUACUGUUGUAUGGUGUUUUAUAUUAGUGGAAUAUUAUUGUUUUUAUUAUUGUAUACACUAAUGUUACUAUAAGGCCAAAUGAUAUACAUAAUUGUGUAUUUUCAAUAAUAAAUUUAUGUUUAUAAAAA